AUGGUCCGACACUCAUUUGCUCCCGUGGUCCUCCUCGCGCUGUUCCUCCUAGUCCUACAAACGCACAGCACACCCCUAGCAUCGCAGCAAAAGCGCGGUAUCUGCGGCACCGAGCAUCCAGCCCCGGCCUUCCUCGACGCAGUGCACAACGUCCGGGCCAACGAGUCCGAUCCAGCCGCGGACCCCGAGGCUCGAAAUGGACCCAUCGAGAUAGAAACAUGGUUCCAUAUCGUCAGCAGUAAGGCUGAAGCGAACCAGGUCUCGGACGAUAUGAUUAAUAGCCAGUUCUCAAUCCUCCAAUCCUCCUACCAAGACGCCGGCAUCAGCUACCGCCUAGCAGGAGUAACCCGACACGUAAACGACGCCUGGGCCCACGACACCGACGACUUGGCCAUGAAAACCGCCCUACGAAAAGGAACCUACAAAACCCUAAACGUCUACUUCCAAACCAACCUCGAAGCCGCACCAGGCCAAUCAGGCCGCACCCACCAACCUACCCAGCGCACAAACGCCGACCUCUCCGCCAGCGUCCUAGGCUUCUGCACCCUCCCCGACCCCAGCAUAAACGCCAACAGCCCAGCCAGCAGCUACGUAAAAGACGGAUGCAACGUCCUCGCGAUGACAAUGCCGGGCGGAGAUCUAGACCUGUAUAACCGGGGCGGAACGGCGAUUCACGAAAUCGGGCACUGGAACGGAUUGUUGCAUACGUUCCAGGGCGAGUCGUGCGAUUCGUCGAAUCCGGGGGAUUAUAUUGAUGAUACGCCGCAGCAGAGUUCGCCGACGGGGGGAUGUCCGGCGAGGAGGGAUAGUUGUCCUGAUCAGCCGGGUGAGGACCUUGUUCAUGAUUUUAUGGAUUAUUCGAGUGAUGUUUGUUAUGAGAUGUUUACUCGGGGCCAGAUUCGGAGGAUGAGGAGUAUGUGGAGUAGUAUGAGGGAGGGGAAAUAG